AUGCAGUCCGCACCCUCAAUUACUAUGGCGCAGUCUGUGCCCCUCGCCGCCAAUCCACGCCCCAGUGAUCCUAUACCGGAAGAACCUGCCCGCACGAGAAAGCUCUCUCUCAGUGCCUCACAAUUCAGCAAGUCCCCCUUGUCCGCCAUCACCACGGGCGAAUAUUCCGACGAGGCUUCGAGUGUGGAUACCGCACCCACCACCCCCGCGACAGACAAUCUAUCCGAUGACUCCCUCGACGAGCUACCAGAUCGGACCCCUCUGAACCCUCAAGCCAGGAAAAGACGCGCUUCCACAUUGUUAGUAUCUCAGGACUCCGAGGAUGCAAGACGCUUUCUGGGCGAAAGAGGCACGGCCACUGCCAUGAUUCAGAAGGCUUGUUGUGGUGGAGGCUGUUGCAUGUUACAAGAGUUGAAGAUGAAAGGAGCCUCACGGGGGGAAAAGCCCAUAAAAAUCCCCCAAAACCCUGCCUACCAAAGUUUGGAUAUCAGGUUGGGCCAUUUGAGCCUGGACAGUGAACUGUCCGGAACGGUCGACUUACCGUCAAAGACGGUCUCGUUCGAAUCGUUGUCAACUUCACCCUCCCGCUCAUAUGGAGAACCUCGGAAACAGCAGCAACCCGAAGUUCUGAAGCAUCCUCCGUCAUUUGUCACGCCGCACCCGCCCUACGAAGUGUUUUCGGCCCCUCUCGUCCAUGCUCGCGAAUUAACAAAACCCGGUGCGGAGAAGAGAACAUAUCAUUUCGACAUUGACGUGACAGAUUAUCCUAAGGAGAGUGGAGAUGUCGAUUUUGUGGUGGGCGGUGCUAUCGGUGUCUGCGCCCCGAAUUCAUCUGUCCUGGUCGACCAAGUCUGUGACUUGCUGGGAGUUCCUAAUUUUGUCCGAGACAAGCCGAUAUUGUUGAAGACGACCACAGGAAGAUGGCCAACAAUUUGGGGGGAAGUGGCACCCCGAGAGCUUGUCACCACCCGGAGAGAGCUCUUAACAUGGUGUUCGGACAUCCAGAGCUAUCCACCCACGAAGCAACUCUUCCGCCUCCUGGCCGAACAUGCCGAAGACGAAAAUGAGAAGAAGAUUUUGAUGUUUCUGUCUUCAGCACAAGGCCAGGCAGCGUUCUGUGACCUUCGAACGGGCCCUUAUGUCACCAUCCCACAACUUUUGAAUGCUUUCCCUUCCUCUCGACCCCCUUUGGAUUAUCUUUUGUCGGUUCUCAAUACUCUCAUGCCUCGAUUCUAUUCGCUUUCGCAGGACCCAACGAUCUCUUGCCGAAGAGAUGGCUCCAUUUGUCGCAGGUUGAUUGAAAUCGCGGUAACGGUACACGAAGCCGACGAUUAUGCGACCGGUAAGCGAACGGGAGUGGGGUCGGGAUUCCUCGAGAGACUAGCGCGACAAGCGAUCGAAGCCGAGAAGGAAGGCAAAAACCCCCGCGAUUUGGAUCUACGAAUCCCCAUAUUCAGAGGGUUGAUGGCCAAUCCACUCGCCCGGGAGUUUGUCACGGAUGGACCUAUGCUCUUGAUUGGGGCGGGCGUUGGUAUUGCGCCAUUCCGAGGCUUCGUCCAUCGAAGGCUCAAGUCGGCCAACUGCGCGAACAAAGUUUGGGUUCUCCAAGGAGUGCGUGACAGUCUCCUGGAUGAGCUGUACUCCGGAGACUGGGGUGUGCAUGAAGAUAAAGUCAAAAAGGUGGUCCAAUCCCGACGAGGACAAGGCCAGUACGUGCAGGAAGAAGUACGUGCCCAAGCGGACUUGGUCUGGUUUAUUAUCAACGCGGUCGACGGAAGAAUCUUUGUGUGUGGCAGUUCCAAAGGCAUGGGCGAGGGCGUCGAGGCCGCACUCGUCGAUGUCGUCAUGGCCAAGGCCAAAUUGAAUCUCGAAGAGGCCCAAGCCUUCUGGGAGGAGAAGAAGAAAUCGGGUCAAUAUAUUGCCGAGACCUGGUAA